CAUCAAAAAAAGUUACGAUAACAACUCUUCAAAGUCUUUAUAAAAAUAAUGAACCUAUAACUGUAUUAACGGCUCAUGAUUAUCCAAGCGGUUUAUUUAUUGAAAAAACGGGAAUUGAAAUUUGUUUGGUCGGUGAUUCCUUAGGAAUGGUCGCCUUGGGACGUAAAAGUGUCAAUCAAACUACCAUAGAGGAAAUGCUUCAUCAUUGUAGGGCAGUAUCAAGAGGUGCCAAAACUCCAUUCCUAGUUGGUGAUAUGCCAUUUGGAAGUUACGAAACUAGUCCUAAAGAUGCGUUAAGAAAUGCAAUUAGAUUUAUAAAAGAAGGAAAUAUGGAGGCGAUAAAGUUAGAAGGUGGUUCUGAAAUGGCGAAAACUAUUCAACAAAUUACAAGUAUAGGAAUCCCUGUUUUAGGUCAUAUAGGUUUAACUCCGCAACGUCAAUCUUCGUUAGGUGGUUUUCGUGUUCAAGGAAAGACUGCGAAACAAGCACUAAAACUAUUAGAUGAUGCAAAGGCAUUACAACGAUCUGGAUGUUUUGCGAUAGUGUUGGAAGCGAUUCCUGCUCCAGUUGCCACAUAUGUUACAAAAAAAUUACAAAUUCCAACUAUUGGGAUUGGUGCUGGGUCUGGAACUAGUGGACAAGUGUUGGUACAACAGGAUAUGCUGGGAAUCUAUGAUAGAUUUGUGCCAAAAUUUUGCAAGCAAUAUGUGAAGUUGGAUCAAACAAUAGUUAAAGCCAUAGAAACUUAUCGUGAAGAAGUUAAAUCGAGAGCAUUUCCUGCAGAAGAGCAUUCAUACGCCAUAAAUGACGAUGAGCUAAAGACAUUUUAUGAUAUAAUGAAAACGGAAGAGGAAUAA